ACUUGUUAUGCGACUCUACAACCAAAGUAUUCGGACGCCAGCACUGUAUGCACGACACCGGCACCAACACCAUCGUCCACUCGGAGGCCGAGUGUGUGUGUCAGAGGUGGACACACUGGCAAACAUGGCAGCCAUCUCUUCUCUCGUCGAAACACAAACAGGUAUGGCCUCCUCUGUCAAGCGAGACGUGCAUCUCCUUCAUACCUUUGCUCACCUCAGCCUCCUAUUUUUGUACAACGUCGAAGCAGCUACACACCAGGUUCUGCUCCAAAAGUACAGUUGUGCAUCGCCCAGUAACCUUACUGGCUCACUCGUCUUCACAUCUGUACAGACAAAAGCCGAGUGCGCGGUGAAAUGUUUUGACACAUGCGUCGCCAUUGUGGUCAAUCCGCAAGGUAGUUCAAGCAUAAACUGCGCAGUCCUCACUAGCUUGCAGCAUAUCCCGUCUCACUCGAUGGUGUCCUGCAGCGACCCCUUGAACUCAGCAGUCGUCUACAAGAACAACAAAACGAACUAUGAAUGCAACUCUACAAUCACGGUGUUCGGACGCCAGCACUGUCUACACGACACCGGCACCAACACCGAUUCUCACUCGGAGGCCGAGAGCGUGUGUCAGGCUAUGGGUGGUCAGUUGCCAGAGGCGGACACACUAGCAAACAUGGCAGCCAUCGCUUCUAUCUUUACACCGCCUGAGUUCAUCUGGAUGGGAGCCAAUGACCUGGUUACUGAUGGAACUUACCUGUGGCCCUCUGGUGUUGAAGUUGACGUAUCUUUCUGGGAGGUUGGCGAACCACAUAAUCGUGCUAAGGAGAGCUGCACGGCACUCUCCAGAUUCAACACUCUGCUCCUUGUCAACAUUAUAUGCGAAGGGUUUUCAGUCCCUGUUCACGUUGUGUGCGACAUUGUUUCAGACUGAUUUAGGCUGGAUGCUGUGUAACAGAAUGUAUUAUCUGCCACUGUGGAAUAGGACAUUGUGUCACGACAUCGUGGAAUCAGGCGCUCGUCAAUUUUUGGGCAUAUGGAUUUAUUGGUAUCACCUGAAAGCUGAU